AUAUCGGAAAGGGCAGCGGAUCCUUCAGCGAAAACUUUAUUGCAUCUGUUGAGAAACAAUAAUACCAGUGAAGACACCAAACACUGUGAUAUACUGCUAGCAUUGCAUACUGUGCUGCCUCCUAUUGCAGCUGGGUCACGAUACAAACCCACCAUUUGUGAGACGCAGGAGGAUACAGUCGUUUUUGCAAAAUCACUUAUUAUUGCUAAGGAAAAAAUUGAUGUCAUCAAUUCGAGUUACCAAGAACGAAAUCUACCGCUUGUUCCUAAGUUGAUAGCUAUUGGAGAAGGGGUAUCCCAAAUCGAUGGUCCUUUUUAUGUUUGUUACAACGAGAUUUGCUACGAAUUGAACACAGCUGCUAGAGCCACUGACGUACUUUUGAAACUAUCUGUCGUAUUCGGAAUCGCAUUUUCGCAUGACGAAUUGCAACCAAAUAUUUUCCAAACAGUAUCCAUUCAAGAAAAACAUGUUAAGACAUUCGACAUUGGUGAACCCAACACUGCAAAAAACUGAUAAAUAUUUAGGACCGUCGAGUUAUCCAAGCAGGGAUCAUAGUAUUUUGAACAUAGAGAACCAAAUACCUGAAAAGAAACAAAAACUAACGAUAAUUGAGAAUGCAUCAAAUUCGAUCUCAAACACAUCAUUUAGUAAAUUAGAAGACAUUGAUAAAUCAGCUGUUCGUAUCGUACUAAGUAUGCACAUGAAGAACAAUUUUACCAGAAAGGAUGUUUAUGAGAUACAAAAACAUGUCUCUGUUAUGUUCAAUGAAGUUGCUCACCUUUUGCUAGAGCUGGACAUGCAAUUUAACGAACCAGAGAAGGAAUUUAAUUUUAAGUGUUAUAUAUCUAAGCUAAAGAAAAUGUUUUCCUUUAUAAGUACUGAUCACAAUUUUUUCAAAUAUUUGAAUACAAACGAAGGAUUUCAAUUACCUAUAAUGGUUACUAUUGAAAAUGAUAGUAUUAAUCGAACACUAGCCGGUACGGUAGAUGAUUUAGAUACUGAACGAAACUGUAGUUAUUAAAUGUUAAUGCCUCUUGAGUAUCAAAUUAAAAUUUUUUUCCAAUGUGAGGAUUUGUUGGAAAAAACUGUUUUUAACACAACGAAACUGGAAAAGUCCGUUAAUAUUUUAAAUUUUGUUGCUGCCAGUAAAUGGAAACAAAUCAGAGAAAAAUACGAAAAUGAUGUAAUAAUACCAAUAUGGUUAUACAGUGAUGAAUUUGGAGUCAACGACACUCAAAGUUCACACAGUAAUAGGCACUCAAUAUGUGGCAUAUAUUAUAGUUUCCCAACUUUCCCUGAAGAAUUUCAAGGAAAGUUAUGUAAUAUUUUCGUGGCAGGUAUGUUAAAGAAGGUAGAUAUCAAAACGUUGGGAAUCAAUAAGUUGAUAUCAGCACUCGUAGACAAAUUUAAAGAACUAGAAGAAGUUGGAAUCACAUUUACGCUGAAUGGUCGAGAAACUGUGGUACGGUUCGUACUGUGUUUAGUUCAAGGUGAUAAUUUGGGAAUGCAUACAAUGCUGCAUUCAUCACACAGUUUCAAUGCUACGUUCUACUGCCGUUUUUGCAGGAGGCCGAAAGAGUUACUUAAACGCGAUGUUAAGGAACAUGCAGAUUGUAUUCGCCGUAGGCAAGAUUAUAACGAAGAUAUUAUAAUUAAUCAACAUAGCGAAGCUGGUAUCUCAGGAAACUCUAUAUUCAAUACCCUACCUUCUUUUCAUGUAAUGGAAAAUCGCAGCGUGGACGCUAUGCAUGAUAUCUUCAGCAACGGCAUUUGUAAAUACGGAUUUACUGUUGCACUGGAUUAUUUUAUCUUCGAGAAAAAGUAUUUUACGGUUAAUCAAUUUAAUUCAAACCGACAAAAUCUUGCUAAAUUGUGCUUAGACAACGAAAUCAAACGUAUGCCAGAUAUAACUGAAACCUAUAAUAGCAAAGAACGAAAAAAAAACCAUUUCAUUGCGAAUGACUUCCAGUGAAAUGCGCUGCUUCACUCAUUAUUUCACAUUGAUUGUUGGUCGUUACGUUCCUAUUGAAGAUCGAGUAUGGACUUAUUGCAAGUCUCUGAUAACUCUCGUUGACUUGUGUCUCAAACGUUCAUUUUCAAUAGAAGAAAUUCAUGAAUUACAGGAGAGUGUUAAUUAUCACCAUACUUUAUACAUUAAUUUAUUCAAAAAAGACCUAAAGCCGAAACAUCACUUCAUCGUUCACUACCCCUCAAUUAUUCGUACUUCAGGACCAAUUGAUAAAAUGAUGUGCUUCCGUUAUGAAGCCAAGCAUAGAGGAUUCAAACAAUAUUCACAUGUCAUGUCGUCCAGAAAAAAUCUAUGCUACACGUUGGGGAUAAAAGCUGGUUUGCAAUUUUACUACGAUUUAUCCAACAAAACUUUCAUGAAACGAAGUUCUAUUGGUGUUUUCAACGUAGGAGAUCUCCGACUAAGACACUACUUUAGUACUCUUUUACAACCGUUACAAUUGAAUGCAGGUUUUAUUUUAAUGUUAUCCAACGCAAUUGAUUACAAAGGCACCAAAUUCAAUACAGGCAAUUUCUUAACAAUAUUAAUAGAAAAAACAAUGCAUCUCUAUGAAAUUUUAGAAUUUAUUUUAUUAGAAGGCACCGUUUACGUCAUUAGUCAGCUUUGGGAAAUAACUGAUUAUAAUGAUCAUUUUAUGGCAUAUGAAGCUGGGAAAAGAAUUCCUGUAGUUGAAAUAAUAAAUAUUGAUACGUUUAGCACGCUACCAGUUACGCUGCACCAGAUCAAUAGUAGUUAUAUGUUUAGAAUUAAGAAUAGAUUUAAUGUUAUAACUGAUGAAUAAUU